CCGACUCACUGACGCAAGGCGACGCAAAGCACUUUGCAGUCACCUCUGACCCGCCCCCGCUGUUGACACGAUGACGGACGAACCGGGAGCCUUCCCCUCGUUAACGGAGAGAGGUUUACCUGUGGAGUGAAAAGCGCGGACGACCAGGGAGACUCGGUCAAAUUCACCCUCGUCAAGUGACAACACGUCGCGCUGAUGUCAGUUGUGUCUUCACCCACCGCCGCCGCCGCCGCGGUGAAAAAGAAGCACGUUCGCUUCGCUAGCAUGGACGACGAACAGGAAGAGGACACCUUGUUUGAUAAAAGGAAGAACGAGGAACGAGGCGGGCUGAAGAGUGCACUCAAGGCGACCAAGAGGAAAACGAAAUCGGGAUGCGGCGACGAGGUGAAAGUGGUCGGAGGGGGCGGAUACACGUCGUGCGGCCGCUGGAUGGUCAGCCUCACUCUCUGCGCAUCUUUUCUCGGCCUGGGAAUGGGGAUCUCGGUCAUCGGACCUACGUUUGAGGAUUUGGCUUUCAACGUGAAGAAGAACAUCAGCAAUAUCUCCUACAUCUUUGUCGGCAGAUCUGCAGGUUACAUCGGUGGCUCACUUUUGGGAGGUGUCCUUUUUGACUGCAUGAACCCCAAUCUGCUGCUUGGUUUUUCGAUGCUGAUCACUUCGUGUGGAAUGUGCGCUAUCCCUUUCUGCAAACAUGCUCUGCUUCUCACUGGCUUCAUGUCCAGCGUUGGCAUCUCUAUGGGGAUUCUGGAUACAGGUGGCAAUGUUCUUAUACUGAACACGUGGGGCGAGCAGGCUGGACCUCACAUGCAGGCGCUCCACUUCAGUUUUGCCGUCGGCGCCUUUGUGUCGCCCAUCAUAGCCAAGCUGCUCUUCGGGCACAACGGCAACAGCAGCCACCUCACGGAAACCAUCUUGAGCAACGCCACGUCCCCCAUCGCAGCGUGGCCCAUCGCCAACGACGAUCACGCCAUCCUCCAGUUCCUCCAGAGAGGAGGCGGGGACCUCAAAUCCAUGUGGGCUUACAUCGUAAUCGGCCUGUUCAUCCUCUUCACCUCCUUCCCUUUCUUCUUCCUCUCCGUCCGCAGCGACACGUCCCGUGACAAAGGUCGAACGUCCUCCGCAAAGCCCCUUGUGGCCAGACAUCACACGGCGCUGGUCGUCCUGCUCUUCUUCUUUUUCUUUGCCUACGUUGGUGCCGAGGUGGCCUACGGCUCCUUCAUCUUCACUUUUGCUAAGGAUUACGCUCAAAUGAGUCAGUCCCAAGCGGCCGGGCUGAAUUCUUUAUUCUGGGCGACGUUUGCUGCCUGCCGGGGGCUGGCCAUCUUCUUCGCUUCUUGCAUGUACCCAGGCACCAUGAUACUCUUCAGCCUGGUUGGCUCGACGCUGUCCUCCCUCUUCCUCUGCCUCUUUAGCAAGGACAAAGCCAUGCUGUGGAUUUGCACCGGUUUAUACGGAGCUUCCAUGUCCUCGACAUUCCCCAGUGGGAUUUCUUGGUUGGAGCAGUACACCACCGUAACGGGCCGCUCAGCGGCGGGAUUCGUGGUGGGCGCCGCCCUGGGCGAGAUGGUGUUACCCGCCGUCGUCGGCUUCCUGCUCGGGAGGAUUCACGGACAGCCCUUGCUGAUGUAUCUGUCGCUCAUCACGGCUACCUUCACCGCCAUUCUUUUCCCGGUUAUGUACAAGCUGGCCACCGUAUCCGCCGGUCCCAUCAGGAAACGUCACAGGAGGGGCCGAGCGGACGCCGACGACAGCGAGUACCGACAGGCGCUGCUGGAUUCAGGAGCCAUUGACGAAGAGGAGGAGGAGAACGAGGCCGAUCAGUGGAACGAUGCGGACUUUGAAGUCAUUGAAAUGGACGACACGGCAAGUCUCAGCGGUUCACCCAAUAAGGAGGGGUCUCCCUCAAAUACUAACGUUGACGGUGGUGGGCCGACCGAACCUGCAUCUGUCGACACCAUCUCCCUCGUGGGAGACUCACCCAAACGCAAACUGAUGCUCUUCCCUAACAGAGUCAAGAGAGACUGAAAACCCAUCCUUUCCACAUUCCUCAACACCUUGAUUUGUCCGUAGCCCGUGUAACCUGAUGACUGAGAUGUUUACUUGCACAAGAAGUUAAUUCACUGUCUGGCCAGAAAUGUAUAUAUUGUGUGCCUUUACCUCAUUCACUGGCAGCCCAGUUCAAAUUGAUCUUGUACUUUUGUAGCCGUCAGUGGCAGCGAAUGAGUUAAUUAUGUCUCCGUUUAAAAAAAACACAAAUGAUGUGCAGAUGUCACGACGGGGUGCCAGUUCUUAUGUUUAGAAGUUAAAGCGAGGAUAGUUUCUAUUCAUCAAUUCUCUAUCAGUUAAGGGUCCAACAAUCUUUUCACACUGCACUUAUCAAUGAUGGUCACAUUGGGCUGAUGCAGCAACAUUCGCCAAUUAAAAUUCUACAGCAAUAAACCAACCAAUGGGAAGAGCCUCCCUGUUACUUCCUGUCAUCCUUACGCUAGGCUCUGCGGCAAAUGCAAAAGAAACCCAAGUGCUGUGAUAGUUUACAAAAGGGGUGUCAAACUCAUUUUUUGGCGGGCCGCAUUCUAAUCAUAGCUUCUUUCGGAGGGCCAUUAUGACUGUCAACCAAAAUAAAUGUAUGAGGACCUCAUAUUAUAUACAGUCAAAGCUACAAAACAAACUGACAAAUAACUCGUUUUCAAAUCAGACGAGUUGUUUGAAACCCUAACCCAGAACUCCAGUCCUCAGGGGCCACGUUCCAAUAUGUUUUCCAAGUUACCCUCGUUAAACACACCUGCGUGAAAAGUUCAGUUCAUUUUCAUGGUCUGGAGGAGCCUAACUUUUCACACAGGUGCACUUAACGAGGGCAUCUUGGAAAACAUGUUGGAACGCGGCCCCUGAGAAGUGGAGUGCAACAGGGAGUACAUCGUAAAAAGAUGUUUUGACCUGCAAAAUUGAUUAGAAUAAAUCUAACAGCAUUUGCACAAUAAAUGAUCAAAAUAUGACUUUUUUGGCCAGGCAGUGUUGUUUGGAAGCUACAUUGGCUGAUGGAAAAUCAGUGCCUUGCACAAGGACAGAUUGAUGUUCAUAAAAUCCGAGGUCACCAAGUAAGCUGUAAAGAUUGCAUCCGACUUGUUCCAAACUGUGCUGAUAGCUGUAAAAAUGUGAUUGUUUUCUCCAUAUUUGAUGAAAUGUUUUUUUGUCUUUGUGUGCUGUGAGUGCAAUUAAGUGUAUCAUCACUGUGAUCCAACCUUUUAUUUUAGAAAAACAUUUGAAUACAAUGACUUUUUAUUAUAUCAAUUUCAACCCACAGCAAUAUCCAUUAAAAAUAAAAAAAAAGUAAAGAAAACAUUUUUAUUUUUACAAACAAGAGUCCGAUCUUAACAUGUUUGGAUGACAGCACAGAAAUGCACAGAGACAAAUGAUCAAAACACAGUAUUGCACCAGUCCCAAGUUAAAAAAACAAACAAUUUCACACUAGAUGAGCAUGAAUACAAUCAAAAUGGCAUCCCUCAAUAGAAUGUUUAAAAACAGCAUUCAGGCUGGGGAUGUAAUUGGUUUUAUGCUGAUAUAGUGACAAUGUACUUAUGAAUCAUACAAGGUUUAUGUACAUUAAACUGGAGUCCAAAGUCCAAUUAUUAUUAAAACAUUAUGUGUGGCUGUCACAACCCACACCAGACACAGUGA